GCACAGAUCAUGUUUUGCACUUUGAACACUCAUAAAGCUGAUAUGGACAAGCUCUUAGGUGCACAAAUUGGCCUUGAAGAUUUCAUAUUUGCCCACAUAAAAGGACAACGAAAAGAAGUGGAAAUUCUUAAAACUGAUGAUGUGCUUGGGCUUACCAUUACAGACAAUGGAACUGGCUGUGCGUUUAUAAAGCGAAUCAAAGAAGGUAGCCUUAUGGACCAAACCAAAAUGAUCUGCGUGGGUGAUCACAUAGAGACUAUAAAUGGAAAAAAUGUGUCAGAUCGUAGGCAUUAUGAAGUUGCCAAAAUGCUAAAAGAUCUGGAGAAAGGUCAGAUGUUUAAGCUGGAGUUGAUAGAGCCUAUGAAAGCAUUUGAAAAGCUGGAACCAAGGUCCAAAGGUGGAACUCUGCCAGAGGCUAAAAUCUCCAGAGGGAGAGAGACACUUCGGCUGAGAACCAAAGGUCCUGCUACUGUGGAGGAGAUGCCAACUGAAGUUGAAGAAAAAGCAAUUAAAAAAGUGGAUGAGCUUCUUGAAACAUACAUGGGGAUAAGAGAUAUUGAAUUAGCUGCAACAAUGGUGGAAGCUGGAAGAGACAAGAAAAACCCAGAUGAAUUUGCAGUGGCAUUGGAUGAAACUCUUGGGGACUUUGCAUUUCCAGAUGAGUUUGUCUUUGAUGUAUGGGGAGCAAUAGGUGAUGCUAAGCAAGGACGACUGGAAUGA